CUUGACAGGUGGUGGUGUUUUGGUUUGGUUCUGAAAUGUCAAAUUUCUCGUAAAAAUGUUGUCCACGGUGGCCAAGAAAAGGCUCACCUAUAUUACAUUCGGAAGCUACUUUUUUAUGGGAGGAAUAGAAUAUGCUGUGAUUCUUCCAAGUACGUGGUUGUACGUACACAAGACAUAUGGAGCUCAGAAGUACGUACUGGGCAUCAUCCUAGCGGCUUUCAGCUUCUCUGGGUUGUUUGCAGGGCCGCUCUUGGGAAGAUGGGCUGACCGUUCUCACAGAGUGAAGUUGAUAAUAAUGUUCGCUGCAUGCUGGGAGAUUGUCGGCAGUUUUAUGUACUUUGUCGGGAUCUCCAAGUGGUUCCUGGUGGCGAGCAGGCUUGUCGCAGGAGUGGGAAUUGGAGGAGAAUCCGUUAUAAUUGCCACCAUCGCCCGAUUCACCACAGAACAAGAACGAACGAGCGUCAUUUCUCGCCUCAUAGCUAUUAGACAGACCGGCUUGUUGCUAGGUCCAGGAUUAAACUUCUUUUUAACAAAAGCUGACUUCUACAUAGGACCUUUCGUUGUGAACGAGUACACAGCACCUGGGGCUCUGAUGGCCGUUCUCUGGCUGGUCCUCACCAUCCUCAUCUUCUUCAUGUUCACUGAACUCGAGCACAUUGCCGACAGAUACCACCUAGAAAGGGAGGUAACCACUGACUACAGGGCUAUUUUGCCUCACGACAAUGAGCCGAAUCAGUAUUCCGAGACUCCCACAGCUUCCUCUUCUUGUGUUUCACGUCUGAAAUCGUCAACUGGUGUUUUAGCUAACUCUUUCUCAACUCGUGGUUUAACCAUCGAUUCAGAUACUCACGUUUUACCAAACUCUUCUUCUUCGUUGACUAAAGGUUUACCUAGUGCUUCCAAUACUCACAUUUUACCAAACUCUUCUUCUUCGUUGACUAAAGCUAUACCUAGUGCUUCCAAUACUCACGUUUUACCAAACUCUUCUUCGUUGACUAAAGCUAUACCUAGUGCUUCCAGUACUAAAAUUUUACACAAGUCUUCACCGACUCAAGUUUUACCCAGUGCGUCUAAUACUCUGGUUUUACCAAACUCGUCGUUGACUGAAGUUUUACCUGGUGCUUCUAAUAAUCAAGUCUUACCCAAUUCAACCUCUGAUCAAGUUUUACCAAACUCUACCUCUAAUCAAGUUUUACCCACCUCAUCAUUGACUCGAGCUUUAUCUAACUCUGUACCCUCUCAGGUUUCAAUGGGUACUAAUUCUCAGUCAGGUAAAACAGACAUAUCAGCUGAGAUUCACAACAGUAACCAUGGUAACGACUUUGAAACAAAAGGGAUAAAAUGCAGUAGAGCACUUUCCUACUCUGACGACCAACAGGUAGCUGAGAUUUGUAAUUCAGUGGAAUAUGCUUCCCUGCUGAUGGAAUCGGCCGAGAAGUACCUGACCAGUGUUUCAUCGGGGAGGCGGAGAAGUUCGUCCGAUUCGGAAAUAAUGCAGAUUGUUGAUGACUAUUACUCUGUGGAGAAGCUGGAGUAUGAGUCGUUUCCACAGUUCGACAAGAUGGACGGGUCAGUGGAGAAAUCACGAGACACGGAGAUGCGUGACACAGGGACAACUGUGAUAUGGAGGUGGUCGUUCUUUUGUAACGAAUAUAUUCGAGAGGAAAUUAUCACACUACUAGCUGUCCAGUUCAACACUAUAUUUGCUCAAGUCUGUAUGGAGACGAUGGUUACGCCAAUGACAGACAAGUUUCUCGGCUGGGGCGAGUUUGAAAACAGCAUCAUGUACGCAUCAGCCGGUCUCGAGAUAAUUAUCAUCUUUAUUCUGGUUGGCUGGCUCAGCAAACGUGUUGAAGAUCGGAAGAUGCUUCUAAUGGGUACUGUCGUCAUGGCAGUAGCUAACUCCUGGCUCAUCUAUUGUUUCCCCCGGUUUUCUCCAGACUCCCCGAAUGAGACACUGUGGAAGUUUAUUGUUGGUAUUGCUCUUGAUAUGCUCUCUCUGCCAUUCCUCAUCGUGUGUAGUGUGUCGCUAUAUUCCAAGUUAGUCAGCAAAGACCACCAAGGGUUAGGUCAAGGUAUUCGAAGAAGUUUCAUAGGAAUCGCAACGAUACUAGCACCACUGUGGUCAGGCUCCACCUUCGACAUGCCAUAUGUCAUGGUGGGAGUCAUGCUGGCACUCAUUGGCUUGUCAUUGGUGAUGCUUCUUUUCUCAUUUGAUAAGCUGAAAGUUCCGUCUCAUUUGGACAACUCUUCUGAACAUGCCAGGAAAUGUGUACAUGCGAAGAAAUCAUCAACAGAUGAAAGACAGCCUUUGUUAGCUUAGUACGAUGACAGUUUUCAGACAGUUUUCAGUACGGUAGAACAAAUUAAUGUCGACCAAUUUUAGCUGAAUGUGAUAAAACAUUUUUUUGUUUUUAAUUAUCUGCCACUGCUUAACUUAGUGCAAUGACAAAGCUGCUUAACUUAGUGCAAUGACAAAGUUUCUUGAAGAACAAGAAUCCCGCAGAAUUUAAUGUUUCACCUACUAUAAAUUGAUUUCUGUUAGUUAAGACUAAAUUGAAUGUCAAUUUUUUUUAGCUGAAUGUGAUAGAAGUGUUUCUUAUAGAAAACAGGGCUUCUAGAUUAUGGUAGCCCCACUCCCCUGGCUAGUCGUAUUCAGUGUUGGGCUAGUAAAUAACUACUAUUGUCAUGCCAGACAGGGCUUCUAGAUUAUGGUAGCCCCA